UUUCUCCCCUUUUUGUUUCCCCUUACCAAAAUGCACAGAUCUUGGAGUUUAAACAAGCCCCAGAAAUUACUGAAGGUGGAAUCCUCAUUAUCUCCAAUUCUCUCUCUUCUGGCUGUUAUUUUUGAAGAAAUUGUGGAGGAUUGUAUCAAGUGUGGUGGACUUUACUUCUUUGAAUUCAUAAGCUGCAGUGCCUUUCUUUUGAGCCUCCUGAUCCUCUGUGUGUAUUGCACUGAUGUGUAUGAAACAUUUGGGGAAGAUAAAGUACAGAGAAUGAAUUUUUGGGCCAUGCCAGUCAUAGGUGUCUGUUUUCUGUUAGCAUCAAUAGUGCUUGUUGCAACCAGCUCUGGGUCUACUAUUGAACGAGCGGCAUGGGCAUUUGGAUUUCUUGCAAGUGGUGCAUUUUUUGCUGAAAUUAUUACAGACCUUUUUCACAGUUGGAAACAAAACGUUGACAGAUGCUCUGAAAAUCCCGGCAACACUCAGAGUGCCACAGAAAAUCAGCCACUGAAUAAGCAAAGCUAACUUUCUGGAAUAAUUUCUCUUUUUUUUGAAUGGAGCAAACUAAAAUGAACUUUCAGUGCACUGUAGGUAACAACUUCUGUCUCUUCCUUCUAAUCCAUUUUGUAUGCAUUGCUCACCAUAAAUUUUUAUCGAUCCUUAGGUCAAGUAAUGGCAUCUUGAGCAUCAUGUUCUAAGGUAACUGGUCCUGCUUAGUAACUGGUCCUGCCACCUGUCCAGGUGCCAUACACUAAAAAAAAGUGUGUCUAAAUAGAAUAACUUAAAGGACAACAGCAUGCUUUGAUUUUGACAAAGGUGACUAAUAAAGGUUAACGUGUGAUGCAUAAAUUCUGAACUAUACCCUAAAGAUAAUUUCUGUAUAAAUGGACCAGAUACUUCUGUUACAAGUUAUUUAUGAGUACAGCAGAGUUUGUUCUUGUACUUACUGGUCAAACUGUGAAUGUAAAAGGGAUACCUAGUUGGAGCCUUACAGAAAUGCUUAUAUAAGGCUUGGCUUUGUUUUGGUUUUACUCUUCAUAUGUCUCAGCUCUAUCAGUUUACUGGAAUAGCAAGUGUAGGGGUUUUAUGGGAAGGGUAAUGUAAUUGUAUACUAAGGAGACAGUUUUGCACCCCAUGAUUGUCAAAGUUUGGACUCGUAUGCCAGAAUCUUCUUUCAGAUUGUUUCAAAUGCUAUAAAAGUUGCAGGGAGAAACUUGAAAAGCUGCCUGUGAGAGAAAGAAGAUGAAGAAUAAAUAUUUUCACGAAGUAACCCCAGAAGUAGCAAUUUGAGCCUCAAUUGGAAAAACAUGACAGCACGUUGGUUCUAGACUGGUGAAUGUUACUUGUGAGGUUAAUACCGUAUGCAGCCUGUUUAUGCAUAGUUAAUGGUAAGUUUUGCCAGAAUGGUUAUGGACCCCACCAUUCUUUUUUUCUAAAUAUAUAGCACUAGCUUAAGACUUCUUGCUGUUGACUAGCUCAAUUGGUAAACAGGUAAAUAAGCACUUGUAUCCUUGAUUUGUCUUAAAAGCAACAGGCUGUAGGACUGCAAGAAACACUGCUGAUGCAACAUGUAUCAGACAAAUGACAGACGUAUCAGACCAGAUGUUGAUGGCUGUAAAAGAAAUGAAGUGGUGAAAAGGCAUUUUUCAGAUAUCUUGAGGUAAAAGCAAGACUGCUAAUCUUCACUUAAAGGAAAGCCUUUAAAACUAGAGCAAAGUGCUGUAAGUCAUGAGAUGUUCCAAAAUACCAAAGCAAAUUAGAAAAAGCUGAUUAUGCAAAAACAAUUCUUGUUUGAGUGUUCAUGGCAUUUGCCAUGUCUUCCAGGCAUUAACUCCAUUUCAUCAAUACCCUAGUCUGACGAAUUUAUAGUUCUAUAGCCUGUUGGGGCAGCAUUGAGACUAAGCUAUCCAGAAAUUGGCUGAGCAAGCUGUAUUUGGAAAAGGAUGAGGAAGCUGUCGUAAGACAAAGGACUGUAAAAGAAGGUCACAGGUUUUUUCCAGCGCUGCCACUUACUGAUGAAUGUGAGUUUGUGAUACUCUCUCUCAAAGGUCUGAGACUUAAGCCUAACACUACACGUUGCUUGGAGGAUGUAAAAUUUUGACAGGUGGUGUGAAGCAUCAAAGAAAACCCAGCUGCAGCUUGGUUUCAGAGCCAUGCAUAAAAGACAUACAUUCCUUCCUAGAAUUUUCAGCUUUGUGAAGAAGAAAUGCCCUUUGGACUGGCUUUCUUUUUCCUUGUAUUUAUUAGUGUCCAUUUGCACUAAAACCGGCUCUCGGUCUAGGCGUCCAGAGCUUGCUGUAGUUGUCUCUGAAAACUGGGUAAAUCAGAGAUGUUUUGUUUACAAGCAGUGCUACUUCUGAUACAAAACUUGCCAUAAUGAGAAAUAGCUCGGCUGUGAUUUGCAGUGUCUUACUUCGGGGAUUGUAUCCAUAUCUAUGAUUAACAUUCUAAGAGGUUUUUUAUUUUUUCUAUUGCCCAGGAUUCUACUGAAUUUGUUUUCACAUCAAAAUGUCUAUAGUAUCUAAAUCUUGAUCUAUAAUUAAAAGUUGUAAAUAUAGUGCAAGAGUAACAAUGUGCUGCUGAUAUUUAUUAAGCAAUGCAGCACCGUGACAGGACUUUUAAGGUAAUUUUUUCUCAGCUUGAAAAUAUGUGAAUAGAUUUCUGUGCUAUGGUUGCUUUUUCUAUAGCCUUUUCCCCACCUAAGUGCUUUGUUAUUGGUGUCCAUUUCUGAAUUGGAGACACUGGUACCAAAAGGGAUCUGUAAAGUCACCUCUCUGCCUUGACCUCCCUAUCUAUGAUAUCUACUGUUGAUACUUCAGAGAAAAACUGACAUACAGAGCAAGUUAUUUUUAUGAAAAGGUUUUACAAAGGAGUUGGUAUCAGAAGUGGUGACUGACUGAGAUCUGACUCCCAUGCUCUGACCAUUAGGCCUUUUGAAACAAACACUGCUAACCUUUGCAGGUUUGAUGGAUUCUCCUACUACAUACAUGCUGGCAUCUCUGGCAUGUUUUGGGUUGUUAGAGUGAGGAGAUUUGGGCAUCUUUAGCUAUUUCAAGCAGGUAGUUUAUACCCAUUCUGUCACCAGCUGUCUGAUCCACGUAUAGAUUUGAGGAUCAGAUUCUAUCUCUGACUGAAAGGGAUGCAAGCGUUGCCAUCAGCUAGUGAAAAUGACAAACAGUAGUCUGGGAAACUGGUUAGCUGUUUUCCUGUAUGUCACAGGAGUUUACUAAUAGGAAUAGUCCUGCUGUUCUUUAAAACAAUACAUAUUGCUCCACUCCUGAUGCUGUUUAGUUGGCAUUAAUCUGUCACAGAGUAGUUAAAUACUACCAGCAAGUCACAUCAUGGUUGUAGGUUUAAGGCAGUUGCUCAAGUGUUGCUUCCAAACCAGUUGUUGGCUAACCAAGUUUCUCUGCAUGGAGGUACUGUUAAUCCUAGGUUUAUAAGUAUGAAGUGUUCUUUUUGUUCUGUUUUAAAGUAGUUGAGAAGCAGAUUUGCUAGUGUGGAUGCUGUUCUCUGCUUCCGUGAGGUCUCUUCCUUAACUGCUUUAUCAGCUUCCUAAGAUAAAGGGGCAGGUGGGUGACCCUCCUAGCUCUUCUGCCCUCACCAGCUAUGUGGGGGAGAGAUAUGCUUGCUGCAGUGUCUGAGCAGGCUGGUCUCCUGCAGUCUUGACAUGACCCCUUUGAUGCUUCUAGUGUCAGAUCUAGGCUUUGAGUGUCUGUCUUUUAAUUAGACUGGUCCCAGAGAAUGGCACUGGAGCUGGAUUAAAUGUCUGGUUUUGCAGGAGCUCUGCGUGUGUGGCUGGAUGUCUCUUACCCCUCCCGUGCUCUGUCAGCAAAGUGGUCUGCUUGUUUCCCAGUCUGCUUCUGAUGAAAUCAGCCUACUUAAUUUAAACCAGCUAUUUAAAUUGCUUACAUUAAGGUGGCUGAUUUUGAGUGAAGUGGAUUAGGGAUUGUUCAGGGGCGUGGUGGGAGCCCUGGUAGGAGUGCUGCUACAAGCAGCUGUCUUAAAUUUCUUCUUCUGUUUGCAAAUAACCAUCUCUGUACAAUCUUAGCUGGUAGUAAAACCUGUGGAAAGAAGGAAAUGGCCCAGUACUUAUACCUGGGGACUGUCUUCUCCCUUCUUCACCACAGUGCUUGGCAGUGGUGUUGUGAGCCUGCUCAGACACAUUAAAAGCUUUGUCUUUUCAGUUGAGCCUGUCAAAAAAUAUUUAAAGGCUCUGCACCCACUUUCAGGCUUUGUUUACAGUGCCUUGAGAAUCAGUGCAGAGGAUUCCCAAGGACAUGUGAGGACUUGCUGUUAGGUGGCUGGACUCUGAGUUUCUCCCCUGAAAAUCUGCACCUGUGUUGUGUAGAUUGUGAAUGCUUAUUUUUGUGUUUGGUGUUUAGCCCAUGUUGAAAUCACAAUGCUGCCAGUGCCCUUUGGGUUCUGGAUAUGGGAAGGAAUUGUGCCUUACUGCUUGCACUCUGUGCUUAAAAAUAGCAGGGAAGGCUUGUGGUCUGUUUCAACAGAGUUCCACAUUUGCACCCUCUAACUGAAAAAGCAGUGAGCUCUCUCACACAGUUCUGAACUCUGCACAAGAUGUUUUUGCAUAAUGGCCAUCAUGGUGAUCCUCAUUAAAAUUUGUGCAAUAAAAAUACCAAGCUUUCUACACUGAAGGGAAAUAAAUACUUUGUGAAAUUUUUGAAAGGUUAUAUAAAAUUGUAACUAAUCAAGAUGCUGGUAGUGCCUUUAAGAUGGAAAUUCAUCUUUGUUUUAAUCUAUUGCUGUAAACAUAAGCAGUUCUCUAGAUGCUACAUUUUAUGCUGUUCAGAACUAUCUAUCACUUCUAAUACCUUUGAGAAUUUAAGUGACUUGAUUAUUAAAUCAGGAUGAUUAUAUAGAUGAUUUAUAUACCUAUAAAAUGAAAAUUUUAUACAGUUUUGUUGCCACUGUUGCCUUGAAUUCACGUUUAAAUAAUUUUGAUAUGCUUAAAUAUUUUU